AUGUAGGCAGGAUGCAAAAUUACUCUUCACUUAGCUUGCAGAAAGCUAAAAGACAAGGACACUUUUUCUAAAUCAGACCCUUAAGUUUGGGUUUUUGGAAAACAGUUUCGAAACAAUUGCCUUGAUAAUAAUUGGUCAUUUUUGGGGAAGACUGAAUUAAUUAAAAACAACCUUAAUCCAACCUUCUAAACAGCCAUAAUUUUAGAUUAUAUAUUUGAAGUUAAAUAACCGCUUAAAUUUGAAGUAAGAGAUGUUGACGGAGAACAAUUUGAUGAGCUUGGAUUUGUUGAGUCUACAGUUGGAAUAAUAUUCGGAUCAAAAAAUUAAACUUGUAUACUUGAUUUGAGUUUGGGAGGAAAACUGAUAACAAUGUGCGAAAAAAAUUAAGAUUUAAAUGAAUUAUAUAUAAUGCAAAUACAAGGGUCUAGAUUAAAAGGAUCUUGGUGUUCAGCUCCAAAUCCAAGUUUUAAACUAUUUAAAUGCACAAACAACAACGAAUUUUUCGCAUAUGAAUCAGAACAUAUACAUAAGACAUCAAAUCCAUAAUGGAAAACCUUUUAAAUGAAACAAUUCAAGAUUGGCAAUAAGUUUAAAUUAGAAGUUUAUAAUUCAAUCCAUAACAUUAUAGGAUCAAGUUACAUAGAAAUAGAUCAAUUAAAGAAGCAAUAAAAAGAAUACACAUUAAACAAUAAUGGUGGUGGUAUUACAUUUUCUCAAUUUGAAACAAUUUUUAAAUUCACUUUUAUGGAUUAUAUCUAAGGGGGAACUUAAUUGAAUCUCAGUAUCGCCAUCGAUUUCACUUAAAGUAAUGGAGACUAAGAUUAGUAUAAUAGUUUACACAAAAUCCAUUCUUAGAAUUAGUAUGCUUAGGCACUCACAAGUAUUGGAGAAAUAUUAUUGGCAUAUGAUUAUGAUAAAUAAGUACCAUGUUAUGGUUUUGGUGCCAAGUUAAAUUUUCCGAAUUUAAAACUAAACACUGUUAGCCAUUGUUUCCCAUUAUCAGGAGAUCCCAAUUAUACAAAUGCUCAAGGACUUGAUGGAAUCAUGCAGAUGUAUUAAAACGCCUUAAAUUACAUAUAAUUUUCUGGUCCUACAUACUUUGGUCCUUUGAUUGUUGAAGCCAUGAAAUAGGCUACAAUGAUAAAAUAAUAGCAACUCAAUUAAUAUCUAAUAUUACUGAUCCUAACUGACGGUGCUAUUCAUGAUAUGGAUUAAGUGGAACAAUAUUUAGAAUAGGCAGCCUUUUUGCCAAUUUCUAUUAUUAUUAUUGGAGUUGGUGACGAUGACUUUACUUUAAUGAAAAGAUUGGAUGGAGAUCAAAUUGAUGGACAGAUGAUGUAGUCACAAUACAAAAGAGAUCUUGUGCAAUUUGUGCCAUUUAGAGAUUUUAAAGACUCAAUGUUAUUGGCAAAAGAGGUUCUCGAAGAAUUGCCAGACUAAUUAGUGAAUUAUAUGGAAAUGUAAGGCAUUAAACCUGGAGCUCCUCCUUUUCAUGAUAUGCAAGGUUUUGGCAUGACUAUGGCUUAACAAUAAUAGCAAAUUUGA